AUGGACAUCAGAUGUCAAAGACGAAUGGCAGAUUAUCACCAAGGCAUUCAGAAAGGUCCAAAUCCGAAUGGAUCACCGAAGGGUCCACCACCGAAGGGACCGCCACCGAAGGGUCCACCACCGAAGGGACCACCACCGAAGGGACCACCACCGAAGGGUCCAAAUCCUCCACCGAAGGGUCCAUAUCCAAAUGGGUCCAUGCCCCCUGGACCGCCGCCAAUCACAGGACCUGGACCGCCGCCAAUCGGCGGACCUAGACCACCGCCAAUCGCAGGACCUGGUCCUCCAAGUCUUCUUUUGGUCGAUAAGGAGAAGGCAUUCGACAGCGUGGAACUCGACGCUGUCCUGAAAGCUCUUGUAGAAGACGGAGUCGAUGAGAACUAUGUCGAAAUCAUUAAAGAAGCCAGUGCGAAGCAAAUAAAGAAUGCUCGACCGAUACAACGCUUUUCUCAGACGCAGUUCGUGUACCGAUAG